UGGGCGCACCGGUAUGUUGUUUGUGCUGCCGAAGCGUUUUGUUGUUUGUGUCUAUUGAACACACAAUAAGCCACCACAUUUUAAUUUCAUAACUCAGUUUAUUAAUAAAAUCAGUUUUAAUUAAAUAAUUAUUACAUGUAUUUAUAGUAAUAAUCACACAUUUUAUACGCGCUUAACGUAUAUAAGCGUACAUUUGAUGCCAUAGUCCGGUGCUGUGUAUCCAUACAUACCAUACCAUUACCGCCUAUCCAUACACAGCGAGUGUGCGUUCACUACAUAUUAAUUUUUUGUGCACUUUAUUCACUAGUUUCAUAAUCGCCGCGAAAGUGUGCCUCAAAUCCUCGGUUGCAUUGAAUCCACGGUUUAAUCGCCAAUAAUAUAGCCAUCGAUACAACAAUCCUAACACACAAUGAGUGAUGACUUGAGUAACGCUAAGGUCUUUGUGGGACGACUGCCCGAUGGCUGCACCGACAAGGACUUGGAGGACCUGUUCCGCACGUAUGGUCAGGUCACUCAGGUGGACCUGGUCGGCAAAUAUGGGUUUGUGCAUAUGACUAAACGCGAAGAAGCGGACGAAGCGAUUAAAAAGUUGAAUAAUUAUAAUUUCAUGGGAUCUCAGCUCACCGUUCAGAUAUCGACGAGUAAACUGAGUAACACAGGGAAACAGCGAAAUAAUAAUUACCAGAAUAACAACCGUCGCGGGGGUGGAGGCGGCGGACCCAUGAAAGGGCGCACACCCUAUGGCCGUAACAACCAGUAUAACCAGAACUCGCGAAUGGGCGGUCAAAACAACUACAAUCGCUUCGGUGGUCCCCCUCCUGGUCCGCCAAUGGGUCCGCCCAAUGACUUCGGACCGCCCUAUGGCUACAACGACAUGAACGCCUACCCGCCCUAUCAGCGCGAGCCGUACGGCUAUCCCGACGCCGGCGGCGAUCCCUACGGAUACGACAGACAGCAACAGAUGGGAGGCGGCGACGGAGGCAUGCGAUCCCUCGCCCCGUACGACACGCAGCCUCUGUAUGGUAGAGGAGGUCCGGCGCCACCGGCAGCCCAGAGAGCGGGCCCACCCGUUGCCUCGCAGCUACAGCCGGACGCGUACGGUCGCGGCGACGGGGGUAACGCCGCCUACACGACGCCCAUGGCGUACGACUUUAACCGAUCGAUGGGCGCCGCCGCCGCCCCACAGGCCGACCCCUCGGGAGGGCGGGGCAUGAAUUUUGGCGGCGCUGUGCGCAAUGGUUACGGCGGUGUCGGCGCCUAUAACGCGAACAGAGGUGUCGCCGGCGUUGGUGGAGCCCAACCGCCCCCUCCGCCGCCGCCCACCGGUCGUUGGCAGCCGUACUAAAAGAUGGGAACCAGUCUUCCGGACCACUCGUAUGUCUUUAGCUCACGAUUCAGAUACUGUCGAUAGGAUUGUUGAUGUUUUGAUGAGACAGUCAAUCCAAUCAGUGCUGAGACACUGAGGCUCACCCCUGGAUAUUGUCAGGUUUUAGUACAAAACGAUCUUGAAUCGGACUUUCAACUUGUGAUAACAAGGUACAACUUACCUGUUAGGUGACCUUGGUAUAAUUAUCAAUGGGUGAUAUUUUUAAAAUA